AACGGGCGCGUGGAGAGUACCAGCAAGAUGCCGAAGCCGAAGACGCGAGUCGCACCGACCACGAAGACGUACAAUCAGACAUGGGCUACGUGUCUUCUAAUGCUGAUACUGGCUACGAAGUACGACCCUUUUCUCCGCUGCGCAAUGCUCUGGUAGGCUCGACGGUUCACGGGUACGAUUCUGAAGUUGCAUCAGGACACGAUGAUGCGUCACCAAGCCACGACGAUGGAAACUUCUACUUUGCAAAUCAGGACUUAAGCGAAGACGACGACAUUGGGCAUAUCGCAAAUGCCUCGGAGGAGUCCACUAAUGUCUCCGAUAGCCGCCUGAUACCACUGCAUUCGAACAGGACAGACCAAACCGAAAUACUGUCACCCCAAGGACCGCCCAAGCUACCAACAAUCAAAGAGGAGUCUCCAUCACACUACGAGAUGGCAAGAAAUGUACUCGUCACCCGGGGUGGUUUUCCUGAGAGAAAAAGAUCCCUCAGCAUGACAGAAUUCCUGGAGGCAUCUAACAGCAAAGACAUCCCCACACCGCCGCCAAAACGACUACAGUGCACAGUGCUUCAAGGUCCCAAGCCCACGCCCUUCACCGAGAGGCCUCCAACAAUGAUUGUUACGGUCAACGAGAUCCUAAGCAGCAUGGGUCGUCUGAAACCUGGGCAUUUUCUAAACGACUUUAUCAUCAACGCGAUGGCACAUCGCCUGGAGUCAGAGGAGGUAGGCAUUGUUGACAGUCUCACGAUCGCCAGCAAAACCCGCACACCCAGGUUCAGAGCGAAAAUUCAAAACACAAUGUCCCGAAACCGGGUCUUGAUUUUUGUCAAUCAUGAGCUUCACUGGCUGCUUUAUAUGUGGACAGGCGCUGGUGGGCUUCUUCAAGAGUACAACUCGAUGCCCGACCCUGAAGGGAAGUUUGCCAGCUGCUGUGCGACAGUAACCGACUUUGUGAGAUGGGCGUAUGGCAACCCGGCCAUGGCCGUAAACCUAGAAAUGCCUGCGUGUGCCGAGCAACAAAACGGGUGGGAUUAUGGGGUCUACGCCAUACGGUUUGCUGAGUGCCUUGCCACCGGGCAAGCCGUUCCGGAUGCCAUCGAUGGGAUGCUGGAAAGGAAAUGUCUCAUGAAUGCCUUACUGGCCACAUGGGCUGGCACGCUGCAUUCUGAGGAGAUUUCUGCCAUCAGAUGCCCUCUUACGGCGACUCCCGCCGACAAACUCCGGCAAUUCAAGAACUACUACCGGCGGAAGCGCAGCUUUCACCAGCUUCUCUGCGCCAGCAGCUCUGAGUAUGCCACGUCUCCUACAUUUACCACAGACUUGCGUCGAAUGGCUGCGUCUGAAGAUGACGCCAUCCAAAAGUCGGCCUUGGCUAGUUUGAUCGACUCUGUCCACAUGGUCCACCUGACGUCUCUCAAAUCAGCACUGAGUGCUGCAACUGAGGCCACCACACUUCUCGAGACCAGUCGGCAAUGGAAUACCGUAAAGAAUAAAAUGGACGAUCUCUUUGCCUCCCUCGCAGACCUGGUUCCCGCAGGCGACUUAGCUGCGUUGCCGGCGCCGGACCAGAGCCGAUAUAGGAACAUUGAGAUUAUCAAGAACGCUGGCCAGAACCUUGAAGAUAAUUGGAACCAAUGUCGAGGAAGCGGGCAGUGCGUAGAAGAGGCUCGGGAGCAGGCGCGAACCCACUUCAUCUUCGCAAGAGUGCAGCUAUUCAUUCUCCAAUACGCAGUCAGGAAGUUCAGGGGGCACAAGACGGGCAAUGCCUGA